AUGGACUCAACUUUCGUAGACAUUGGUGAAGAAUACAUGCAAGCAGAAUAUUUAGAUGAACAUUUAGAAGAUGUACUAUCGGCCAACAUUCAUUCGAGCUGUUCUAUUGCUUUAGAACAAAUCACUGCCAGUGAAGCUAACAGCAAGCCCGAUAAACAUAACCGUCCAGUGAAAUACAAGAGACGAAAGUAUAAUGUCCUCACCAUCAAAGAUAAGAACAUAGACUUGAACCUGCUAAAUUGUGGUAAGACUGUUCUACAAGUGGCUGACGAAACGGGCCUUCCACGGUCGACGGUUUACGGAAUCAAGAAGCAAGAAAUAGCAUUGCGGCAUUGCAAGACGAUGGCCAACAAAACGAUCCAGUUUCGCAAACGGAUAAGACUUCCGACGCAUGUAUUGCUGAAUGAAGCCGUCUUAUUGUGGUUCUACGGAAAACGUCAGAAACACAUACCGAUAUCAGAUGCACUCUUAUGUGAAAAAUGCAAGCUUCUCCACGAAACAUCGUGCACGACGCCCGAUUGUCGAUUUAGAGCAAGUUAUGGUUGGUUACGUAGCUUCAAAGCUAGAAACGGGAUCAGAACGUUAACUGUCUCUGGAGAGAAACUUGACGCGGAUAUUGCUGCGGUUGAACCGUUUAAGAAUAAAUUGACGGAGAUUAUAACUUCAAACAACUAUAGUGCUGAUGAUAUUUAUAACGCUGAUGAGACGGCAUUAGUUGUAAAGGCCUUGCCUUCAAAGUCAUUGGUUAGUUUUAGCGAAAAAACUGCACCCGGACGCAAGUCUUUGAAGGAGCGACUGACAAUUACACCUUGCAGCAAUGCAAGUGGUAGCCACAAAUUACCAUUACAAGUACUUGGCCGCGCAGCAAAUCCUAGAUGCUUUAAAACGCAAGGCGUGCCUGAUGGGAUACACUAUUUUUCAAAUAAGAAAGCGUGGCAAACUAGUGCGACGUUUACUGAUUGGUUCUACUCCGUCUUCGUUCCUGAAAUCAAACGGAAGGCAGCUGCACAGAAUAGACCGGCUAAAGCGCUUCUAAUUUUAGAUAAUUGCACCGCACAUUGCAGUAAAGAUAAGUUUCAAGUGGAUGACGCAGAAAUUCAGGUGAUCUUCCUUCCUCCAAAUGUGACAAGCAUUCUGCAGCCUAUGGAUCAAGGCAUCAUCAAUGCUUUUAAAGGUAACAAUGUCAUUACAUUUUGGAGUCCAAGAUAG